AUGGAGAACUACUCUUACAAUUCCUACCCUGAGUCCGGCGGAUCCUCGCCGAGAUCGCGAGAAGUGGACUUCGAGAAUCCACCACCAUGGGAAGAUCAGUCGACGGGGAACAAUAGCAACAACAGCAACUACAAAGUCAAGUUUAUGUGUAGUUACGGAGGUAAAAUCCACCCAAGGCCUCACGAUAACCAGCUGGCUUACAUCGGCGGCGAGACUAAGAUAUUAGCCGUCGAUCGUUCCAUUAAGUUCCCUGCUCUUAUCGCGAAGUUAGUAGCGUUGUGUGAUGCUGAUGUUUGUUUCAAGUAUCAGUUACCUGGAGAAGAUCUGGAUGCUUUGAUUUCCGUCACCAACGACGACGAUCUCGACCACAUGAUGAUUGAGUACGAUCGGUUGAACAGAGCUUCACCAAAGCCGGCGAGAUUGAGGCUGUUUUUGUUUCCUGUAACUACUCAAACUCCGUCAAUAACUCCAGCUCAUAGUUUUGGUUCCACCGAUGGAAGAUCAGAGCGAGACCGGUUCGUUGAUGCGUUGAAUUCCGGUCCAGUUCAAUCGUCAACUCCGCCGUCGGCCUUGCCGAUACAUGGAAAUGCUGAUUUUCUCUUCGGUUCGGAGAAAGUUGUACCUCCGCCGCCGGUAGUGGUGUCGAAAGUUCGAGAUCUUUCUAUCGCGGAUCCACCGAUUCGUCUUCAUGAGGCAGACGUUCCGAUUUUAGAUGAUCGUGGAAUCGGAGCAGAUCGGAUCCAGAAACAUAUACAGGAUCUACGGAGGUUGCGAAUUUCAGAAGAUCAACAACAGACUCUCUACCGGAGACAAAGUGAUGAUAACUUAACUCCAGGGUACACAGGAGAUUAUUACCUCCAGAGAACAUCAGAUAAAGUAAUUCCGACAACACUACCGGGAAGUGUACCUUCUCCGGCACCGGGAUACCAAAUUUCCGGCGGAUUCACAGCUUCUACUAUCUCACCUGAUCAACAACCGGUUUACAUGGUACCUCCUCCCUUAAACAUGUAUCACGCUCCAAUGGCUAGACCGGUGACUGGUCCAAUCGGUCACAAUCCAGGUCAAGGUCAGGGUUAUUAUGCGGUUCAGAGGAUGCCGACGGCGACUGAGGUUUACCGUGACCAGCCGGUAUACAACGCCAUGCAACCAGUACAAUCACAACCUAUAUUCCCUCCUCAACAACCACCACCACAGCAGAAGUUAGCUUCACAUCCGGAAGGGAUUAGAAUGGUCCAGCCAACGGCGGCGAUGACCGACGCUGGGUACGGUCAAGUAGCUACCACCAAACAAUGGCUGCCACGUCAGCAAUAUCAAAUCAAGAUGCGAAGACGGUUGCUCCGACGAAGAUCUCUCAAGGUUCUAUCUGAUCCUCUUUUAUCAAUCGGAUAUUUGUGAAGAAAAGAAAGGACAAGACAAGAGAAAAGAGACCUAGGAUUGAAUAAAAAAAGGUAGAUAAUGGAGGGUGGUAGGGGAUGCAUAGGACAAGUGUUGAUUUGUUGCGGGGUUUUGAUAAUUAAAUGAUAUGAUUCAUAAACUGGUGAUGAGUUGCCAUAGCAUGCCAUGUUUAUAAUAGCGAUUGAUUGAAUUUGAUAUGUACACAACACAAAUGAAAAUGGUUGCGUUUGAAAUUUGGCAAACUGAAUGACCGGAUGCCCCCAUCUAUACUUCAAUGGUCAAUCAUCAUGUAAAUGGACAAAAACAAAUCAUUUAUUUAUUAGUUAAUAUGUGUCGUAUAUUUUGUUAUUUCACAAAAUAAUAGAUUGGAAAUUUAUUGAUCACGGAUUGUGAAUUAUACAUGUAGGUGAUCAUUUGUCAAUUGUCAUUCAUAUCUAGACGACUCAUGCUCGAAUAUAUAAAUUUUGAUUUUUUUUUUUUAAAGCAUGUUGAUGGAUAAAACGAAAAAUUUAAAAUAUGUUUGAUUUGUUGAUUUUAACAUAUAGAUGAUUCCUUGCUUUUCAAAUCAUAUGUCAUAUCAUAUUCACUGUAUUUUUACUAUGAUACCACUAACACAUAAAAAAUAUUACCCUUCCAUAUUAUUUAUAGUUUAUAACUUUUAUUUCUUUUAAUCGUUAGAUUAAACAAAAAACAUAAUUAUUAAACAUAAAUAAACAUUUUACUAAUAAAACAUAA